AUGAAGCUGACCAACGCGAUCCUUUCUGUGCUCGCCUCUCAGGCGACGGCGCAACUCAUCGACAUUCAGGUCGGCGACACCGCCAGACUCGACAUCAUGCGCCAAGCAGCUGAAGCCUCAGCCCGCGGUGAUAAAGCCAAAGCCGCCCAAUUAAUGGAUCAAAUCCGCAUUUCAGACUCCACCUUCAACGAACAAUCUCUCUGGAAAACAGAUUGCCGCAUACGCUCUCAAUUCGAAGCUGAGAUCUACACCGUUCCCGAUCCCUCGCGUGCACCUAAAGAAAUCGCAUGGGCGAUGGAGUUCCUCGAUAACCAUUGGAAGACAGACGACGGUCGUGAUCUUCCGUACCCUGGUGACUUUGAUCGCUUCAUGCAUCCCGAUGGAUUCAGAGUUAUGCGUACGGAUUAUAAGAAUCUUCCUUGGGCUGUGCGCAAGUAUCAUGAGGAGCUUGUCAAAGAGGGUAAACAGAUGGAGCGCAAGUUCAUCGCUGAGAUUGAUGGGAGCGCGUUCUUUGCGCCGGGUGUUGUUACGUGGUUGGCGCCUUUGUUUGCGGGAAGUAAGGUUGAGCCCGGAAAGGAUGCGUGCGAGGUAGAUGAUCUUGUUAAUUUUAGCAACUGGCAUAAGAAGAAGCCUGCUGCUGACGGUGUCAGGUAUACCUUUUCGUAUGGUGGAAAGGUUCAGAUCGGAGAUCAUAUCACGGUUGAGGUGCACGCUCAGAGGUCUUCUAAGCAAGGUGCUAUGAAGGAAGCCGAGAAGACCGGGGAAGGUGAGGACACUGAGGGAACUGAGGAGCUGUAA